UAGAAGCCUACCCUGCCCUGUGACAAAAAUGUCCUUGGACUUUGAAUCUCUGCCUCAACUCGGUGCAAAGGCCUAGAAAGUGGCAAGCCCUAAGUGCUUUUUCCCAGCUCUGGUCGGGUCCUGGGGCAGCAGGGGCUGCUUUCUACUCACGAUAGUUUUGUCUCCCCUGCGCUUCCCUGGUGGUUUGCUUCUGUGCUCACCCUCCCGCUCUGUGGAUUCACCAAAAAUUCGCGGUAUUUUGUCUACUUGGUUUCCUUCCCUGGUAGGGAUUUGUGCGGAAUGGGAAUGAGAUUCAGAUGCCGUGAUCGGCAGCGGGCUUCUAGUUCACGGAGUACCGUUUUUGACAUUUGUAGCACAAAGCUGUACUUAAGUUUUUAGUUAUUUCUUUCUUUUGCUGAUUUAUGCGACUCUUUUGUUCACUUCAUUAGCGAUGGUGGGAGCCAGGUUCUGUGAUCCAGACUCAGGCUGUUAUUUUUAGGUGGAUAUCUUCUCCAGGCUCUCGGCGCCGCGUUGGUCCUGAAUAUAUUCCUGCAGGGACUGCGGGUUCUAGAAUUUGCAAAUAAAUCUCAAUAGUUCCGAAAGAAGAAGGAAGAAGGGCAAUGAACGCAGACCCUCAUGGCGACUUGCUGCUAACUAACAUCCACACAGCAUUUUCCAUUUACAACACACUAGCUCCUCGCCUCGUUUUCAUCUCGUCCCAGAAGGACGGGACUGCUUGUCCUGUGUCCCCAGAACCUAAGUCUGCGCUUGGCCCAGAGAAGCCCAGUAAAGGUUGGAACAAAUGAACGGCUGUUAUCCCAUUUUACAGAUGGGAGACUGAGGCUACAACCAAGGACCUGGUCCAAGGCCACAUAUCUGAAGGUGGAUGAAAGCGGGGCAAACAGGAAAGCGGGAAGACGACGCGGAGGACGACCAGCCGGUGGGAGGCACCCGGGGUGGCCCCCGGAGGCAGGUCCCCAGCGCUGCCCUCCGGGAGCUCCGCCUCCCUACCGGGCGGCACCUCCCCUCCGCGGGACCGGCGUCCCUCGGCGCCCCUGCGCGGUUGCCACGGAAACCAGGCAGCAGCGCAGGCGCCUGGCGCUCAGGGGGCGGGGCGUGCGCCGGGCCGGAGUGAGCCGGCACUGCGCAUGCGCAGCGUCUCGGUUGCUAGGUUCCGCCUCGCGUCGCGUCGAGUGGCUACGGUAAGGUCCCGGAGCCUCGGGGUGGCGACGGGAACGUUCGAAUCCCCCUCGGUGCCUGCGCGUAUCUGCAGGUUGUCGCCUUUUCCUGCCCAAAGUGAGAGGAUCUCUCCGAUCCCUGCCCCCCUCCUCCGGAAGGACCUCUCCGUGGACGCCCCUGGCGGUGUCCCGACCCCUGCAGCCGGCCGCCCCUCGGAGGGACAAGGAAGAGCUUCCAGGCGGGCGAGGGAAAGAGGGAAAGUAGCCAGCCAUGUCGAACGCAAUGUAUAAUAAGAUGUGGCAUCAGACCCAAGAAGCCCUCAAUUCUCUGCUUGAUAAAGAGUCUGAGACUGUGAUGGAAUCACAAAGAAAUCAAGGGUUCAUCUUCCAAAUGUUAGCCACCUUCUACAUAAAAUAUGUGCAGAUCUUUAGAAACCUGGAGAAUGUCUACGACCAGAUUGUCCACCCACAGAAGCGACUGCUGAUCCGAAAAAUACUGGACGGGGUGAUGGGUCGCAUCCUGGAACUGAAGAAUGAGAUGGUUGAAUUGGAAUUAACCGAGUUUCAUUAUUUCGAUGAUGUCCUACAGGACCUAAAGUUGGCUCCUCAACAAUUAGAUAUUCCCAUCCCCAAGUAUUUUUUGAAGGAGAAGUUGGAAGUAAUCAAAGGAAGAGAGAAAAUCCUGGCUCAGAUAUUAGCUGACACUGGAUUAGAUAUGGCUGAAAAGAAAUACUCUGUGAAGAGUAUCCCCCUAGAAGAGGCCGUGAAAUUAAUCCAGAUCGCUGAGAGGGCGCGGCAGGGUCGUCUAAGAGCCAUGUUCAUGAAGCAGAUCUUUCUUCAAGAAUACAGAGCAAAACAAGCCAAGCUCCUUAGCCAGAAAGUAGCAGAUCUGGAGGCCGCAGCGCUGCAGAUUCAGAAGGUCUGGCGAGGUUUCCAUCAACGUAAGAAAACCGAAAAACUGAGGCAGGAGGAGAUGAUAUUCCUGGGUAUGAAUCCACCUCCCCUGUUUAAUGAAGUCAGUGCCACCAUAAUCCAGGCUGAAAAGGUGACCUCCCUGAGGAAUGAGGUGCAGAUAAAGCAUGAAGAGAAAUACAGAGAAGCCUUGGUCACAAUCAAGGAUGAUCUGAAAUUAAUAGAAGGUCCAGAUAUCAAGGAGAACCUUCAAGACCAGAUUCGGCAUUGGUUCAUCGAAUGCAGGAACUUAACAGGCACGUUUCCUGACUACCCUCAUGUAGAAGAAGGAGGGUCAGCUAUUAUUUUCUCCAACAAGACCCCACAACAGGUUACUGAAGAUAUCCUUGCAAGCCAAGAAGAGGAGGAGAAAAACAAAAAGAAUAAAAAGAAGGCAAAGAAACCCAAGAAACCUGAGGAAGAUAAGGAAAAGAAAAGCACAAGGGAAAAAAGCAAGGAAGAAGAUGAGGGGUGGAAAAUGUCACCGAGUGUCUUUCUUCCUACGAUGGAGGAAGGAAAUAACGUAUACAAAGACAUGUGGAAGAACAGAGACGAGUCGUGGAAUUUCCCCCAGGACCAUGACCCGGAACUGAUCAAACAGGAGAAACGGAAGGAGCUGGAGUCAGAGAUCAGAAUACAGGUGGACGAGCUGAUGAGGCAGGAACUGAAAAACUUGAAACUGGCCGUGAACAGAGAAAAGGAGCAACCAGUCAAAGCAGGGAAGAAGAAAGGAGGCAAAAAGAAAAAGAAAGGGAAGAAAGGCAAAAAAGAGAAGAAGGAUAAAGAUCUGACAGCCGACAGGACCAUUGAGUCUCUGUACAAGGAGCUGGUGGAAGAAGGGUUGCUGAUCCGGGCUCUGAACGUUAACCUCUCCGAUUACAUCGGAGAGUACAGUUACUUGGGGACCACUCUUCGCCGGGUAUCCAUAGAGCCCAUGCCUUCCCUCCUGGAUGUGAGACAGCUCAUCGCCCUGUACGGGAUCUUGCCUCUAGGUUCCGCAACAGUGCACGAGAACGCUCCUUUGGUGAAAUCCCUGCUGCUGGCAGGGCCAUCUGGGGUAGGGAAGAAGAUGCUGGUCCAUGCCACCUGCACCGAAACGGGAGCCAACCUCUUCGACUUGUCCGCAGCCAACAUCGCCGGGAAAUACCCCGGCAAAGAUGGCCUCCAAAUGAUGCUGCAUAUGGUCUCCAAGGUGGCCCGGCAACUCCAGCCCUCCGUGGUCUGGAUCGGAGACACAGAAAAAACCUUCUACAAGAAAGUUCCCAGCGCAGAAAGGAUGAUGGAACCUAAACGCCUGAAAAAGCAGCUUCCAAAAAUCCUGAGACUCCUGAAACCGGAUGACAGGAUUCUGAUCAUGGGGACCACACAGCGGCCUUUCGAUGCGGAACUUCAAUCCUUCUGCAAAGUUUACCAAAAAAUUAUUUUGGUUCCCAGACCAGACUAUGCUUCCAGAUUCGUUCUGUGGAAACAGAUCAUUCAACGCAAUGGAGGCAUCAUUACUAAUGCCUUGAAUAUUAGUUGCCUGGCGAAGGUCACCGAUGGCUUCACCCAAGGACACAUAGUCCAGGUGGUUAAAGGCGUGCUCACGGACCGCAGAAUCCACCGGCAAAAUAACAAACCACUCGUGGCGGCGGAGUUCAUGGCAGCGCUAACCAAGAUGAGCCCGGUGUACCAGGAGGAAGAAGAGAGCUUUAAGGACUGGUAUGCCAAAACCCCUAUGGGUAAAAAGCGAGCCUUGGCACUAACAGGAGGGAUCACUGAAAAGGGGAAAGGAGAAAAGAAGCAAAAGAAAGGAAAAAAGGAGAAGACGAAAAAGUAAUGCCUUUCUGAGGAACCAUCCUCGAGUGUCUCAGGGAUGGAGGUGGUCCUGGCUUGCCAGGGAAAAGGUUCACCAUCGCCUGUCUGAAGAAGACCCAGGCCAACGCCGCAAGUUCGUCCGCCCCUGCAUUCACUCUGAUCUUUGCAGGCUGUACACCAAGUUCAACGUCCAUAGCAAUUGUUUCUAGAGCUUGUAACUGUCUCUUAAUCUACGUAAAGCUUCUGUAUAACCGAAAUCCACUCAUUACACACUCCACAAUCUUUCCAGCUCAUCAAUACCAGUCACCAAAACUAAAACGUGAUAUUUAGAAAAUCCAAUGAUUUGACAAACUGGUAGGUACCUUGAGUCUGUCACCAGCACUCCAGCUUUUUAUUAAUCCGUAUAUACCGUAUAUUAUCUUGCACAUAUUUUGAUAUAUUAAGUCUUUGCUCUAUUAAUGUAUUUUAAAUAAUUGAAUAAAAACCAUUUUCUUUGAA